AUGGGCUCGCUUGUGCAGGGUUUUACAAAGUCACUCGCUAUGACUUUCCUCUCCGAGAUUGGCGACAAAACCUUUUUCGCUGCUGCUAUUUUGGCGAUGCGUUAUCCGAGGAGACUUGUAUUGGCUGGUUGUUUAUCAGCCUUGAUUGUCAUGACUAUUCUCUCUGCUACCAUCGGUUGGGCUGCUCCCAAUCUGAUCUCUCGUAAAUGGACACAUCAUAUAACAACACUGUUGUUCUUUGGCUUCGGGCUAUUGUCUUUGUGGGAUGGUUUUAAACAAGGAGGGGCUUCUGAAGAAUUAGCAGAAGUUGAAGCAGAACUGGACUCUGACUUGAAAGCUAAAAAAGACAGCAGCAGUAAGAUUGAAGAUGAGAAGAAAAAGCAGAGAAGACCUUUCCUCACUGCAUUCUUCUCUCCCAUUUUCCUCAAGGCGUUUUCAAUCAACUUCUUUGGUGAAUGGGGUGAUAAGAGUCAGCUUGCGACUAUUGGUUUGGCUGCAGAUGAAAAUCCACUGGGUGUUGUCCUUGGAGGAAUUUUGGCACAAACACUCUGCACCACAGCCGCUGUAAUCGGUGGAAAGAGCUUAGCAUCUCAAAUAUCCGAACGAAUUGUGGCUCUCUCCGGUGGAAUGCUUUUCGUUAUCUUCGGCAUCCAAUCAUUUCUCACUCCUGUUGAAGCUUCUUGA